AUGGCCAAUAUCCAAGCAAUUCUGAGGGAGCCCGGUGUUGAGGGAGCUCUGUGGACUUUGGGUGCUUCCGAUGAUCCGCAGAAUCCCAAAUCGCCGAAACCGAUUCAGCACAACAGCCAUGAUCAAGAGGCGGUUAUCUUGAAGGAUGAACGGGCCGUGGUUGACCGUGUUCAUUAUAGCCCUGGUGGAAAAUAUCGCUCGAUCGUCAAGCUUCGUAUACGCUACGAAGGACCAAAAGCGAGACUUCUGACGAGGUCCGCCAAGUCAACCCCCACGGCCAAAGAGCAGCAUCAACGAGUCUACGAGUAG